UCAUUCUUCCAGCUCGAACUCCUGAGCCCUGCAGCUCCCGCGCUCACUCCUGGAGCUGAGACGGAAUCCCUUGUUCUCGGUGAUGAAUUGUGCUGUUGUUCUGCGCUUGGCAGAAAAGUGCCUUUGGAAAGUACCUUAUAAAACAUACGUGCUCUUUUGUCUACAAGGGUUUGUUUAAUUCUGAAAAUGAGUGAACGCAAGCCAGGAAGUUUCCAUACCUCUCCUAAGAGCAACUGGCCUUGUAAAAACAGCAGCACACAGUGGAUGUGAGGGUCCUGUGGAUGAAGGCCUUUUAUUAAUCCCCGUUCUCUCUUCAGGCUCAAGCACAGUGUGUGGCCCUCAAGGAGGACUCGCUGAAUGACACCCCUUGUUUAGUCCUUCUCUUUGGUCCUGUGCCCUCUAUCCAGGCCCUGUUCACUGGAACCAGCUCUUCCCCAUCGCUGACGGGGACCAGCAGUCCCCGAUUGAGAUUAAAACCAAGGAAGCGAAGUUCGACUCUUCCCUCCGACCUCUUAGCAUCAAGUAUGACUCGAGCUCUGCCAAAAUCAUCAGUAAUAGUGGCCAUUCCUUCAACGUUGACUUUGAUGACACGGAGGACAAAUCAGUGUCACCUGUGUUGCCGUUUAGUUCUGCGAGGGGGGCCGCUCACUGGAAGAUACAGGUUGCGACAGUUUCACCUGCACUGGGGGUCCACGGACGACCACGGCUCUGAGCACGUGGUGGACGGAGUGAGGUACGCCGCCGAGCUCCACGUCGUCCACUGGAACUCGGACAAGUACCCCAGCUUCGUGGAGGCAGCUCACGAGCCCGACGGACUCGCUGUCCUGGGAGUGUUUUUACAGAUCGGCGAAUGUAAUCCCCACCUGCAAAAGGUUACUGACAUCCUGGAUUCCAUUAAAGAAAAGGGUAAACAAACUCGAUUCACGAAUUUUGACCCAUUGUUGCUGCUUCCUCCGUCCUGGGAUUACUGGACGUACCCAGGGUCUCUCACCGUGCCGCCCCUUCUGGAGAGUGUCACGUGGAUCAUUCUAAAGCAGCCGAUCAGCGUCAGCUCUCAGCAGCUGGCCGCCUUCCGCAGGCUCCUGUGCACCCCCGAGGGCCACGCGGCCGCCUUCCUGCUGAGCAACCACCGGCCCCCACAGCCCCUGAAGGGCCGCCAGGUGAGGGCCUCCUUCCUCUGACAGCCGUGGCCGGGGACCAGCUCACACAUGUCUGCGGAGAGAAAACAGGACCAAACAGGACACAGAAUCCCUCCCGACGGUUUCCCUGAGUUCCGGCUGGGGGUGCCCUGUGCUGUCAGCCGCAGCAGAAUAUCUGAUCCCUGUGACCACGGACCUCACUCCCAGCCUGGGAUUCGAGCUCCCGGCCUCGGAGCAGAAAACUGCCACGUGUGCAGAACCACGAGAAUCGUCCACCGCCGCCUGCAGGGAACAGGGCAGCAUCGCGAGCCUCAGCUCGUGCUAAACAUUGUCCGUUGUAGAGACCGAGCCGGUCAUGCUCUCCUGAUGUUUGGUAAAAAUCUUGAGUUCGUUCCCAGAGUGACAGAAUGGGGUACCUCUUUCUGCCUGCAGACUGCAGCUCCUGGCACAGGGUACCUCUUUCUGUGGGGAAACCAGGGAUUCUGCUCAACAUUCCAGUGCAUUAAAAGUUGGUCAUAUUUCCAAUAUUAAAGUGAAUUUUGGUUUUGA